GGAAUUUAAGGUUUUCUUUUUGUGAUUGUCCCAGAUUCUUGCAUGAUGAAAUUGGCCAUUAUAAUGCCCUGGAUUCAUCUCAUCAGAUAAGGUGUUUUUUUGGUGCCUGGGAAAUCUUAACCAAAGGAUCAAAGAAGACCCCCCAAAAAAAAAAAAAAAGUGGUAGGAAAAUGCCGAAGAAAAUAAAGGAAGAAGAGAGAAUUGAGAAGAUCAUCCGUGGUCUUCUAAAGCUUCCAGAGAAUAAGAGAUGCAUCAACUGCAACAGUUUGGGGCCGCAAUAUGUAUGCACAACUUUCUGGACCUUUGUUUGCACCAAUUGCAGUGGUGUGCACCGAGAGUUCACCCAUCGGGUAAAAUCAGUGUCGAUGGCGAAAUUUUCUGCAGAAGAAGUUAAUGCUCUUCAAGCUGGGGGUAAUGAGCGAGCGCGACAGAUUUAUUUCAAGGCAUGGGAUCCUCAUAGAAAUUCUUUUCCUGAUGGAAGUAAUCUUCACAGGCUUCGCGAUUUCAUCAGGCAUGUGUAUUUGGAUAGGAAAUAUUCUGGUGCAAUUAGCAAUGAAGUAAGGCCAGUGAACUCCCCUAGUGCGAAAAGCAAUGACAAGCUCUCAAUGAUUAAAGCAGGUGGGAGAGAUGAUUAUCAACAACGCUCCUCUUUUGAAGGAUCCAGCUAUGGCGCCAGAGAAGACUUUUUUGAAAUCCGUUCUUUUAGAGCACUUGAUCAGUUUGAGCGCCAUUCAUUUGAAAAUUCUACCUCGAGUAGGAAAAAUGAUGACAGAAAUCCAAGACACUACAGCGAGGAAAGAAAUAGUCCUCAAUACAGACAAGACAAGCCUAGGUCUGGCAGUCAUAGUUCUCGAACCCCUCGCUUUGAAAUAGUUGAUGACAGAUUUCGGAAAGAUAGAGUUGGAAGCAUUAAAAGAUAUGGUUUUCAUAGGCAUUCAAAUGAAGAUUCUAGGGCCCGAAGCAGUUCACCGGUUUCACAGAAGAGCAGUGAUGGUGCAAGCCCAGUAGCACCGCGCCCACUGAAAGACAUUUUGGGUGACAAAGCUUCAUCCCUCAAAGUUGGAGAAUCUUCUAAAGCAAAUAAAGUUGAUGGCUCUUCCAAAGUGCAGAUGGCCGGAAGCUCCAACAAUAUCCCUGCUGAGAAGAAAGUAGAGGAAACCAAAGCAGUGAAUACUCUUCGCAGUUUGAUUGAUUUCGAUGGACCUGAGUCUGCUGCAACCUCAGAAGUGGAGCAGAAGCAAAAGACUAAUGACACUCCUGACACCUCUGUUACAUCUGCGAAAACUCAGAUUGUCUCUGCCAACACCAAUGAAAAUUCACUGGAAGCUUUGUUAUUCGGAUUGGCACCUGAUGGCGAAAUUCCAUCAGUUUCGACAUCAGCACCAUCCACCGUGGUGCCUGAUAAUACCAGUGCAACACAGGCUACUGCUACUAAUCAGCUACAGUUGGUGCCAAUGCAGCAGAGCCUUCCCUGUGCUGUUCCUACAGAAAAUAGUACCUCUCCUGCUCAACAAUCUAAUAAUCCUGAAGCUUCACAUAAUCAGUCCUCGAAUUUAGAACUUGCUCUUGUUAGCGGAACACAAACCAAUGCAUCAUCCGAGCAAGCGCUGCAAGUGGCCUCAACUGCAGCACCUCAGGGCAAUACUUCAGGAAAUGAACCAGUACCUAAUAGUAGACAAGAGCUUCCAGCGAACCUUUUCGCCUCAAGCUAUUCGCCAUUUCCCACAUCUGUUCCUUCUUGGCAAUCUCGACCACCUUAUGGAAUGGGAUAUGGCAUGCAGUACCAUCAUACUGCUAUGCCUAUAAGACCUACUCCAGAUUCAGGAAAAUCAAGAAACCCAUUCGACAUAGGUGAUGACGGCCCUCAACUUGAAGCCACAACGUUCCCUUCCAUGUCGUCUGUUCAAGGAGCGCUCCCGAAUACAGCUUUGUCACUAGGAUUACAGCCUCAAGCAUCACCUUAUGCAGCUCCAUUUCCUCCUCAGGGACCAUACGGAAUGAUGAUCCCUCCAGGUUAAUGACCUGAAACCCCGACGAUCAUUGCUACACAUAUUAUGUCAUCUUGUUGAUAAUAUAGUUUCUUCUCAUGUUGGAUAAUUCAAUAGUUUCAGGAGCAUACAUGGGACUACAGCCACCAAAUAAUACGCACCCUUCCAGACCUCAAGGAGUUAACAGCUUUGACAGGAAUGAUGCUGCCUUUGGUUCACUGAACCCUAUUCAUCAUCAUCAGUCCAGCGGUGGAAAUCAUCAUGAUACUGAUGCUUUUGCUUCGCCUAAUCCGGUUCGACAACCAAGUGGUGUAAUUCCCUCAUCAACAGCACCAAAUCCGUAUUCAUCCACACCCACCGGAGGAAACCCGUUCGGAUAGCUAAGCGAGCGAGAGAAUCAUAACUGAUCAGCAAAACACAUAUGGUCAAUCAAUGAUUUUCUGCAAGAAGAUCAUGUGUAAUGAUACAUCCAAUGCCCGUGAAAUAUGAUGGAUUAUGCAGUUUGUGCAAGGGAAGUACAGAACAAUGGACCUCAAACUUCUGAGUCCGCAUCUCCUGCUGGAAUACCAAAGAAUGUAUAACAUUAUAGGACAUUGCGAGAACGACAAUGUUAUAGCUUAAUUAGAUCUAACCUUAUAGGAUAUUUAUCACUCACGUGAAGUGAUUUAGAGUCACUAUCUCCAAUGUAUGAAUUUGAUCAGUACUGUUUUUCAUAAUCAAAGACUCCCCGG